AUGAUCUCACCAACUGAAAAUCAGUUGGGGUCGGAUAUUGAAUGUGAAGUGCUUGGCAAUGCUAAAAGAUUGAGUUUUCACAUGCAACCAGAUUUACAUUCAAUUUUGAAUGUAAACAAUUCGUUCCAAGAUCGCUUUCUUCUUCACUUUGACUCCGCAAACAUUCAAAUAAAAUAUCAAGGUAGACGUAAAAGUUUAAGAAAAAAAAAUAGUUCAGCAAAACUUAUGAUUUUUACAAAUUGUGAAGAUUUCAAUAAAAGAAAUGAAUUCAAAGCUGUAGUGCUUUGCAAGUCUUACAAAUUUAAGAUCUAA